AUGAUCAUCACUAGUGAUGACACAGUGGGUAUUUCUAGUCUCAAAAAAUUCAUCAGUCGCCAAUUUGAGAUGAAAGAUUUGGGUCUACUUAACUACUUCCUCGGCUUAGAAAUUUCUCAAGAUCCUACUGGUUACUUUCUCACCCAGGCCAAGUAUACAUGUGAUCUCUUAGCUCGUGCUGCUCUUACUAAUUGCAAGACUGCACCUACCCUAGUUGAUCUUCAGACUCAUCUCACACCUCUUGAUGGCCACCUAUUAUCUGAUACUACUUUAUAUCGUCAACUAGUUGGCAUUCUUGUCUAUCUCACAGUUACUCGUCCAGACAUUGCCUAUGUCGUUCACAUCGUCAGUCAAUUCAUGGUUGUUCCUCGCUCUCGACACUAUGAUGCUCUACAUAGUAAGAAGGAAACUUUUGUUGCUCAUUCUAGUACUGAGGCUGAGUAUCAUGCUCUUGCUGACACUACUCAAGAGCUUGUGUGGCUUCAUUGGCUUCUUUCUGAUAUGGGAGUUUUUGAUCCUACUGCCACUAACAUCUAUUAUGACAAUUAA